AUGGCGGACAAGAAGAGGCCGCCCCUGCCUCGGCUGAACAGGGACCGGCUGUUCGGGCCGGAGCCCCUGGAACCGGUGCCCCAGGGCCCGCACUGUAAGCGCUGGUACAGGGACAAGGAGCCGGCACCCCCCAGCUAUUUGGCGAAGCACAGGCACAGGCUCCUGAAGUGCCCCACCGCCCUGGACAGCCGGCGCUGGGUAUUCGUGAGAGACGGGGCGGGCGAUUUCAGCGCGGGCCGCCCGAGCGCGGAUACUGCGACCGUUCGGGGCCGUCGGGAGGGCUUUCUCCCCACGAUUGCUCAUCGAGUUCCCCGGCCUCCCCCGAGAAAUACUCAAGGAAAGCUGCCCAAGGGGGCGGAACUGCUCUCCAGGCUCUCGGCAGCCCAGCGAGCACGGAAAGCUUACGUAGAGCAGAUCGAAGCCAGCCUGAGCCAACAUCCGUUGGCUCCCUACCCGGAGCUGAAGGACAGUCUGCCUGCAGACCUCCUAGCCAAGCUGCUGGAGCUGCUCGACCCUGAAGGGGAGCUGGAGGCCGCCUGGGCUGAACGUGAGGGCACGAGGCUCAGAAAGAAGUCCCCCAGAAAGCUUGGUCGACAAUGUCCUAGAAAGCUUGAUGGAGAAUGUCCUGACGAAGUCACUCUGGGACCUCCUGAGCAAGACAACCAGGAACCUCCUGGCCAAGUCAACCCGGAACCUCCUGAGCAAGACAACCAGGAAUCUCCUAGCCAAGUCACCUCGGGACCUCCGGAGCAAGACAACCCGAGAGCUCCCAGGGAGUCAUUCUUGUCAUAUUUAAACAGUACAGGCAAAAUAAAGAAAGUAACUGAGAUCCCUUUGGAGCUAAACUACACCAAACAGCUAGAUGACAUUGAGACAAGACAGUUCUCCCUAGGGGAAUGGAACUGGGAGAGGAAACUCAGGAAACCACCUGAUCCGAAUAAACCCAAGCAGGUGAAGAUAAGGUAUGGAGCAUGGUAUCUGAACCCCAAAACCUGGAAAAAGCUAGUAAAUGAUGAACCUUUGAUUGACCCCAAGGUCUUACAAGAAGAGGAAUAUUGGCGCUAUGGAAGACAUCUUGAACUGGACAUUAUUGAUGAUCUUUAUGGACCAAUCACCUUUAAAGACUUCAUUAUAAGCAAGGGCUACGAGAUGCCAGGUGUGCUUCAGAAGUUGUUCUUCAGGAAGAAAUGGACUUAUGAUUCUGUUAAGACUCCUAUACACUGA